GGGGGAGAGAGAAAGCACAGGGAGACGACCGGAUUACGCUCAGACAGACACGAUGCGCGCUUUGGGUGAUUCGCGACCUUAAACCAUUUUCUGGUUGAUUGACAAGCCCGUCGUCUAAUCAAAUCGAAUCGUCGACCAUGAUUGCAACAGGGGGCCUCCUGCGUAUAAACCGGCGCCAGGACUCCCAGCACUCUAAGAACCAAGCUGAGAACAAGAGGAAUAGGAAACAAGCCAAGAGAAAGAAGAACGAUUUAGUGGUGGUGAAGGGGAAACUCAAACUGUGUUCCCCGCCUGGGCUGGUGGCCACGGUGGGACUGGUGGUGUUGAUGGUUGGGAUAGCCAUGGCUGUACUGGGCUACUGGCCACAUGAAGGCCACAGCCAGGGGAAGGCAUCCGGGGUAUCACCAGGGGAGGAGCGGACAGACAACGGCAGGAUGAGCUACUCCAAGAGCCCCCUGGUGUCUGUCACCUGGAGCGAUAAUAAGGACAACAACACAGCCAUCCAGACUGUUGGGGAGUUGACCAACCAGACUGUUGGGGAGUUGACCAACCAGACUGUUGGGGAGUUGACCAACCAGACUGUUGGGGAGUUGACCAACCAGACUGUUGGGGAGUUGACCAACCAGACUGUUGAGGAGUUGACCAAACAGACUGUUGGGGAGUUGACCAACCAGACUGUUGGGGAGUUGACCAACCAGACUGUUGAGGAGGACCAACCAGAGUUGACCAACCAGACUGUUGACCAACCAGACUGUUGGGGAGUUGACCAACCAGACUGUUGA